AUGGACACGAGUCGCGUGCAGCCCAUCAAGCUGGCCAGGGUGACCAAGGUGCUGGGCAGGACCGGCUCCCAGGGACAGUGCACGCAGGUCCGCGUGGAGUUCAUGGACGACACGAGCCGCUCCAUCAUCCGCAACGUGAAAGGCCCUGUGCGCGAGGGCGACGUGCUCACCCUAUUGGAGUCCGAGCGAGAGGCCCGGAGGUUGCGCUGA